AUGGCCAAAAUCUACCCUAAUCAAGAAUCCACAAUACAAUCUCAGUCUCAUGAUGAUCAGUGUCUCAGUAAUAAAAGAGAGAGAUAUACAAUAUGGAUGAAAUCACUUGUUCUUCACUCAAAUGGUUGCACUGUCUAUGACUCAAAUGGUAAGAUUGUUUAUAGAGUUGAGAACUAUGAUAGAAAGGGUGGAAGAGAAGUGAAUCUGAUGGAUCUAAAAGGGAAUGUUGUGUGUACCAUCAAAAAGAGAUUACUAGCUUUUCGAUGUUGGGAAGGACACAAAGAGGAGCAACCAUGGUUUCAAGUUAAAAGAUGUUUUACAGGAAAAAUAGGUUGCACCAUUAAAGUGGGAUCACAAGAAUUGUGCAUAGAAAGAAUGAGUAUUGGAAAAUCAUUUGGUUUUCGGAUGGUAAACAAAAACGGAGGAAUCAUAGCAGAGGCAAAGCAAAAACACUCUUCAUCAGGGAUUCUUCUCAGUAAUGAUGUUUUAACUUUGAAUUUGGAAGGUGGGACAGAUCAUUCUCUUAUAAUGGCUCUGAUUACAGUAUACGGACUCAUAUGCCGAAAAAUGUAG